GUCACGUGACAAGAGGGACGCAACCACGUGACCUGUGCGUCAUCCCUUAAAAGCGGAGCUGACUGGGACAGUAGGAACAGAGUGUUGUUAUUGUGGGGAAUGUUGUCAUAACGGCGCGCUGCAUCAUUAACCCCCCUCCGAGUUUGUUCCGUCUGAUUUUUGGUUUGUUUUUUCUCACUAGUAUUUAUAUCACGCAGCCGUUACUGGGGGGAAGGGGGGCUCGGACUCUUCUUCCAUACGCAGGUCCAACAGAAGCUAGCCACAUAGUAUACUUAACUUAGCAGUUAUGGAGUGGUUAGGCAACGGCGCCUCACUUCACCCCAACAGAGAGUCCGGCUGUGAUCCCAUUUCCACGGCCAGGCCAUGUAGUGGAGGCUGUCCUCGCCAACAGGCCCCAUCUCCACACCUCUGUGACGGUGCCAUGGCAUCGCUCUGUCAGAGCCAGCAGCGCUGUGUGAAGGCCUCCAUCUUUUCCAGUUGGAGAUUGGCAGAGGCGCAGGACCAGCUGUGUUCUUUAGGGGUCCACAGCUCGGAGUCCAUGGAACAAGAGCGAGCUCGAACUAUGGUUUGCCCCACAGAACUCUCACAUAAUGAGGAGGAGUGGCGUCGCAAGGAGCAAAUGCUGGGGGGUCAGGAACCGAGUUAUAGUCCUGUGCUGAGCGCUACAGGAAGCUGGGAUGUUUUUGACAAGAGUAUUAUCAAUGUUCCAUCUCAGACUGUAGAAAUGGAUCAGGACAAGUGCAAAACAUUUCUACAGAAAUAUGAACAAGAGCUCAGGCAUUUUGGUAUGUUGCGCAGGUGGGACGACAGCCAGCGAUUUCUUUCAGACAUGCCGCAGCUCAUCUGUGAAGAAACGGCCAACUUCCUAAUCCUGUGGUGCAUCAGACUUCAGCAGGAGGGGAAGGAGGCCUUGAUGGAGCAGGUGGCACACCAGGCUGUGGUCAUGCAGUUCAUUCUGGAGAUGGCUUCAAACUCCCAGCAGGAUCCACGAGGCUGCUUCAGACAGUUCUUCCAUAAAGCCAAAGAGGGACAGGACGUGUACCUGGAAGUCUUCCACACAGAACUUGAAGCCUUCAAACAGAGAGUUCGAGACUACAAAGUGAAGAGCAGAAACGACGGUUCCAACACUGAACAAACCAACACUGACUCAAACCACAGAGUUGAACCCAAAGAACCAACAGCCUUCUAUCCUCAAGUGGCAGAGUACAACAUGAAGCACUGUUUAGAGGCUGGACUUUGGACAAACAUGGGGAGAUGGACAAAGGAGGAGAGCACAGAGGCUGAGGACAUCAGAAUGAUGGAGACCUCUUAGGGAACGCCCCGUCAGCACCUUUAGCUGUUAUCUCCACACGUAGGAGCAGUUCAAAGUCUUCUCAUUGCAAGAACAAAAGGGAUGCGUGUUCUGUCUUCAUGCUGCAUUCUGCAGUAAAAAGCCAGAAAGCCAAGAAAUAAUGUUUUGCUAAAGUCAAACGUUUCUUCAUUGUUGCCUUCUGUGCGUGGCUGGCCUCUGACGAGAUGCUCGCUGCAGUGUGUUUGUCGGCCAACUCCACGUGUGCCAGAUCCCUCGUUUCACAGAUGGGAGUUUGUCGUGCUUGAAGUUAUUUAGCAUGAUGCACAGACAUGCGCUUGCUAAAAAGAUAAAUAAAUGGCUGCACGAUUUAUCUAGAAACCACAAAGCGAGUCGGGGAGCAUCACUGGAGGAGAAGCUCUGGUUUGAUCAGGUGUUAGAGCAUCAUGGUGGAUCAAUUGAAAUGUCAAUUAUUUUCAUUUAAAUUAUGAAAAUUGUAAUCAUGUUUGAACAGGUAUGAGCGUACGUCGUCAUGCUAACAUUAAAGGGAGACAAUAAUGUGGCCGAACUUAAUGUAUUUCCUCUGCCAUGACAACUAAAUCACAAGUUCUGAUUUUCAAUCAUUUUUUUAUUGUACCCUUUCUUUCAAAUGUUCAAAUUUGUGCUUCCCAAUAAGAUUUUAUCAGAUAAUUGUCAGUGUGGCCUUAAAACUGCUGCUGUGUUGUGGAAGUGUAAAGCUUGAAUUGUAUUCUCUGCAAAAAAGUAUUGAGCUACACAAAAUCUGCUUCCCAUCAUAAUCAGGCAUCUUUAGUCAAGAGCUGAGAUGUGCAGAAAGUGUUCAUCGCCUACAAUGAGGGAAAAAAAACUUUAAAUCUUUAAUCAUGAAAGAUAUGCCCACUUCUUUGUGUUAUCCAGUGAUGAUCAGUUGGUUAAGUCAGUUGUCGUAGGGCAAAUGAUGAUGAUGAUGAUGAUGCAUGACAAAGGUCACGCUUUGCUGUACUUCAAGGUAUAAUGAUGCAGAUGUACAACAGAUUGAAUGUAAAUGUAGGAGGGGUUAAUAAGGGGUUAAUAUCACUAUUUUAGUUUUCAUGAAACGGGUUAAAUUAUGAUGGUUUUUUGACCGGAUCAAAAUAAGGAAACAAACAAAUCACUGAUUUGGGAAAUAAUUCUGCGCUUUCUGUGAGAACCCCCCCACCACCCCAUGAACACACAUGAGAUUAUGUUUUGCACCUUACAAUAUAUUAGUUUAAAAACAGAAAUGCUUUGGAAUUUGUUUUGUGUCGCAGUUAAAUUAGAAACGUGUUUGGUGCUUCAUAUAAAACCAUUCAAGAGGACGUAUAGUUUGUCAUGUUUUUUGUUGCAGGUUUUCACUGAUUUCACCUUUCUCUAAAAUUAAGAAAUAGAAAACCAAACUCUGCUAAACCAAUCUUAUUUUUCCACAGGCUGUGAAAUUAGAAACUAUGGACGAAUAAACACGAUUUGUGACCUUAAAAA